AUGGGGAAAGGGAAGGCGCCCCCUCCAGCUCCAGAUGGAUCACCGCCAGCUUAUGAUACAGGGUCGAAGCCAAGGAAGAGCGUGAAAUUUACAGAAGAUGUUGUGGAAAAAGAGCACAGCACGAUCCGAAAGACAGUCUAUCAACCCGCCCCUCCCGAUGAAGUGCCAAAAUCAGCCAUCAAAGUCGGUCUACCAUCAGGUCAAGGUCCCGGCGGAGGACCUCGACCUUCCCAAACGUAA